AUAAUGUGCACUCAUGAUGGCGUUCUGCUCCGAAAGGCCAGUGUGGAGCAUAUAACCUACCUAAAUACAAGCGGUUCACUGUCAAUCAUCGGUUAUGACACACCACAUCGUCUCUUCAUUGAGUGGCGGCCCAACGAUAACAUACUUAUUGCUGAUGAUAGCCAGGAUUGGGCAGUCGUUGACACAAUACCACGACGUUCGCGCACCAUUUCUGAAUGUAAAGCAUUCAAUAUCAAGCCCACAACGGAAACUACUACAGUCAAAAGUCCUCGUUUAAUACGCAAUCAACUGGAUGAACUCGGUGCUAUUUUAGUAAAACAUCGCGGACAAGUGUUAUGUUUCAUACAUAAAUGCGAUUAUAGCGUACACAGUGAAUUCUUUUUCCAACACGGUAAUGCUGAUCAGUUUGUAAAGUCUAUGUGUGACCUACACAUUAUUGAAUACUCAUUUACCCAAGAUGGAUGCACAGAGUACAUUGUUCUCAAUAUGGAGACACAAAAACUGAAACGCACAUUCGCUGAGCUAAACAUCGAUGACAUGAAGAAUAUGGAAUCGAAGAAAGAAAAAGGCUGGGUGAAAAAUACUUGGUCAGGUCUGCUUGUAAACUUACCCGACUUAGCAUCGGGUGUCAAGGGAAGUUCACCGAGAAAUUAUUCAAUGCGUCAACAACCAACAACUCCAAAUGCUGCAAAAUACAGCGGCAGCAGUAGUGAAGAUCAAUCACCGGUGGAAGCCGAACUUGAAAAUUUGAAAGAAGUGGAUGAGAAGAUUGUUAAUACUUUGCCAGAGCGGCCUUGUGCACAGAGAAGUAAGCCUUUAAAUGAAUCGCAAUGGUUAGAGUUUCAAUCGGCAGAUGGCGGCAUAAGAGAUACUUCUCGCGUUAAGGAAAUUAUAUUCCACGGAGGCAUUCACUACAAUUUACGUGCUGAAGUGUGGAAGUACCUCUUGAACUAUUAUCGGUGGAAUGAUUCUGAAGUCGAGCGUAUUCAACACCAUAAAAACAAGUAUAAGGAGUAUUACAAAAUGAAAGCACAAUGGUUAUCAAUGACAACUACGCAGGAAGAAAAUUUUAGUGGUUUUCGUGAUCGUAAAUGCCAAAUCGAGAAAGAUGUAAAACGGACUGAUCGUUCACUAGAAUUUUUCGCUGGUGAAGAUAAUCCUAAUUUGACGGUGCUACAAGGCAUACUUAUGACCUACGUUAUGUACAACUUCGAUUUGGGCUAUGUACAGGGCAUGUCCGAUCUUUUAGCUCCUAUACUUUCCAUACAG